UAUUUUAGGUGAGGACGUCGUACCUAGACAAAUGUGCUGUGAAAGGGCUAUUCUGAGUGAGGGAUAUUGUGAUCUUUAUGAGGAGCGUCGCCCACAGGCAAGCUGUGACGGAUACAACCCUCCCAAUAGUGCUCAGGGAGCUGGUGACCCACACUUUUUAACCUUUGAUGGGAGGAUGUACAGCUUCAAUGGGUUUGGCGAGUACAUUAUGAUGCAAUACAACAAUAAUGACCCAUUUGUUCUCCAGACUCGUACCGGCGCAGCAUUCAGGAAUGGUGAACCUGUCAACACAGGAACCGUCUUUACGGGUUUCGCUGCGACACAAGGCAUUACAAACGUAUCAUUUACUUUAAAUGAUGAUAGAACAGAGCUGCUACUCUCGGUCAACCAGACGUCAGUCGAUAUAACAUCUCUUGAAGCAGAUGGCUACGAUUCCGCUGAUCCAACUUUCAACUUAUACAGUGAUGAUGAGGCGGCAGAAAGUGAAACUGCUAUCAUCGUAACCUUCAAACUACCAGACAUACCUAGCUCCGGACUUCGUGUGGUUUUCAGAACCGGGAUAUUACUAGGAAAUAGUUUUGUUCCUCGAGAAUACGCUACUGGAGGGAUUGGAAAUGGUCUAUUCGGCCUCAUGAAUGGUGAUAAGAAUGAUGAUUUCCAAUACCGGGACGGAACCAUCAUCAUGGAUACAGCUGAGAAAAACCUGACAGAGAGAGAAAUCUUUGAUUUUGGACAAAGUUGGAUGAUCUCACCGAGUGAAUCUCUUUUCGAUUAUGGUGAUCGGGAUUGGAGUCAUUAUAACGAUCCUGACUACGUCCCUCCCUUCCUCUCAGAGCUGAUUGCGGCAGACCCGGAUUUGGCAGCAGAAGCUAAAGCGUUUUGCGGGGAUAGUGAAGCAUGCCUCUUUGAUUCCCUAGCAGUUGAUCCAUCAGUUGGUUUAGAUACAUUGUCUUCUAAUAAUGCUUUUGAAAUACAGCUAUCGGAUUUAAAUAACUUCCCACCAAACAUCACAUCUGUCAUUGAGACCAGUUUGACAGAUGCACUGUCAGAGAGCGGUAUACUGCGUGUAACUGUUGACCAAACAGUCACCUUACAAAUAACAGCUUCAGACCCAAAUGAUGGAGAUGUUGUCCAGUAUUCAUUGCAGGGUGUUCAGCCUGGCGCAACCAUAGACCAAAAUACUGGAUUGUUCACGUGGACUCCUCCAAGCUUAGAUGUUUCUAUGAUUGAGAUCGUGGCAACCGAUGAUUUUGGAGCGAGUACAUUACUAGCUUACAAGGUCAGAGUGUGUCAGUGUUCUAAUGAUGGAGUAUGCAACUUUGACAACUUAGCAGCAAAUCAGGAUCUCAACAACAAUGGCUUUACCGUUGUCACAUGUACAUGCGAGGUUGGCUGGUCAGGUGAUCACUGUGGUGUAGACUUCGACUCUUGUCAACGUUCCCCUUGUUACGAAGGUGUUUUCUGCUCUGACUUGCCGCCACCUUCAGUUAUGCCGAUGUGUGGACCAUGCCCACCGUCUCUUACAGGAGAUGGAUUAACUUGCUUUGAUGUUGAUGAGUGUGCAAAUGACACACUUAAUGAAUGUGAUCAGAACUGUGAUAACAGACUUAAUGGAUAUGAUUGCACGUGUAAUGAUGGCUUUACACUUGAUAUGGAUCAAAGAAGGUGUAAUGAUAUCAACGAAUGCAUAUUGGGUACACACGGUUGCCAAAACAACAGUCUUUGUAAUAAUACCAUCGGUUCCUAUCAGUGCUAUUGUGAAGUCGGAUUUUCUCCAAUUACAAAUGAUAACGUCAAUUGUGAAGAUAUUGAUGAAUGCACGGUGGAGAGCCAAUGCGAUGCGGAAGCAACGUGUGGAAACAAUGAAGGCUCUUUCAUAUGCACGUGCAAUGAGGGUUACGUAGGAGAUGGAACCACUUGUACAGAUAUGAAUGAAUGUCUGGACGAAUCUCUAAAUGACUGCGCCUCACAGUCGACUUGUGAUAAUUCACCUGGUAGUUUCUCAUGUGCUUGUGAUGGAGGCUGGGUCGGCAACGGUACCUACUGUGAGGAUGCUAAUGAGUGCUCCACUAACGACGAUGAUUGCAGUGAUGAUGCGACGUGUGAGAAUAAUCCUGGGAGCUACCUCUGCACCUGUAAUGCAGGAUAUGUUGGAAAUGGAAUUGAAUGCUUUGAUAUCAACGAGUGUGCCUCUGAAGAUGAUAACUGUACUAUGUCAGCUCUGUGUGUCAACACAAACGGAUUGUUUGAGUGUCAGUGUGCCGACGGCUACAGAAAAAGUCUACAGGGAGAAUGUGAAGAUGCGAAUGAAUGUGACGAUGACCCUAAUUGUGAUAUGGACGCACAGUGUGUGAAUACUAAUGGAUCAUUUGUCUGCUCAUGUAACGAAGGAUUUCAAGGAAAUGGAUUCGCAUGUGAAGAUAUCGAUGAAUGUACAUUGGGAACUCAUGACUGUCAGCAGAGCUGCAUUAAUGACAGUCCUGGGUUCAACUGCAGUUGUUUUUCAGGCUUUAUUCUUAUGAAUGAUAACAAGACAUGCAUGGUUACUGAAAGUUGUGACCUCGAAUGUGGCUCUGGUGUCUGCAUUAAUUCUACGGACGGGGAAAUCUGUGUAUGCGAUCAGACUGGAUAUGAAUUCAAUUCAACUAUAAACAACUGCACAGACGUCAAUGAAUGCCUUGGGGAGAAUCGUUGCGAAAUGGACUGCGAUAACAUCCCAGGAGGAUACGACUGUUCCUGUGUAACGGGCUUCUUGCUCGAUGUAAACGGAAGAAGUUGUUCAGAUCGGGAUGAAUGUCUUGAUGGUACUCAAGAUUGUGAUACCAAUGCUGCAUGUUCCAAUACAGAAGGGUCCUUCUCCUGUUCAUGCAAUGAUGGCUACACGGGAAAUGGAGCAAUGUGUACAAAUAAUAAUGAGUGUGAUCAAUCUCCUUGUGAUGAGAAUGCUGCAUGCAACAACACAGAUGGGUCCUUCUCAUGUACCUGUCUUGAAGGUUAUACUGGGAAUGGUCUAAGUUGCUCAAAUAUCGACGAGUGUGAAGUAGACCCGCCGUGUGGUGUGUAUGCUGACUGUUCAGACAAUGAAGGUGCAUUCACAUGUUCCUGUAUGCCUGGUUUCCAAGGUGAUCCCUACGCGGCAUGUACCGAUAUCAUUGAGUGUCAGAAUCCAUCCUUGUUCACAUGCCAUCAACUAGCGUCUUGUGUGAAUACUCUUGGAAACUAUUCGUGCAAAUGCAACAAUGGUUACGAGGGAGAUGGGAUAUCCUGCUCAGAUCAAGAUGAAUGCAGUGAUGUCCUUCAAUUCUGUGGACCAAACAGUAACUGCACUAAUCUGGAGGGCUCUUAUGAAUGCAUGUGCUCCGAAGGUUAUGUGAGGGAGAAUAUGGAUAGCAAUUGUACAGAUUUUAAUGAAUGUGACAAUGUCCAAAACACCUGUCCUCCAGACAUCUCUUCGUGCGAGAACACAGGAGGUGAUUUUGUGUGUACAUGUACUUCUGGGUACCAGAAUGAUUCACCCAAGACCUGCAUUGACAAAGACGAGUGUAAAGAAAUUAUUCCUGUCUGUAGCAACAGUCACAAAUGCAUCAACACUGUGGGAGACUACAGGUGUAUCUGCACUGAGGGCUUCACUGAAAUUGAAGGAAACUGUGAAGCGUCCUUAACCUUGCAACUGAGGGUAAGAUUUGAAGCCAUUCUCGGUGCCUUGAUUGCUGCCAAUCCAUCUAUUAUCGAAUCUGUUACAAAUCAAGAGCAACUUGAACGUGACAUGCUGAUGUUUCUCCAAGGCAUUUCAGAACUUGGGGAAUCUGUAUAUAUGGCUACAAUAUCAGAUGUGAAUGUGACCAGUCCCUAUGCUGUCAUAGACUUUAGGACAGAUGUUGCAACAACACUAAAUAUCAACGACACAGUAUUGGAAUCGUUGUUCAACAAUGCUCUACCAAGUAACCAGCGCUUUGGAGUUUCAGGAGCCGAAAGUAUAGUCAAUCAAGAGGAUGUUGAUGAAUGUGCUGAUGAUCCAGUCCCGUGUACUAACGGAAUGUGCACUAAUACCAUUGGGUCUUUCUUCUGUACUUGCAAUGACGGAUAUAUUGAAAACGGAGCAAGAACUGCUUGUAUUGAUAUUGAUGAAUGCGAAAAAGAUUCCACCCUCUGUGCUAAUGGAAUAUGCGUUAACACCGAUGGUUCUUAUACUUGCAACUGUGACGUAGGGUUCCAACUAGAUGUCACUGGUGUCAAUUGUAGUGACAUUAAUGAGUGUGAUGCUGGGAAUCUCUGUGCUAAUGGAAUUUGCCAAAAUAACGAGGGAUCAUACAUGUGUUCAUGCAUUCCUGGAUUUGCAGUAGAUUCAACAGGGACUACUUGUGAUGAUAUUAUCGAGUGUGAGGAUCCCUCCCUGUGCGUCGAUGGAACAUGCAACAAUAUCAUGGGGACGUUUAGUUGUGACUGUAACGAUGGAUAUGAGAAGAAUAUCAACGGAAAGGCUUGUAAUGAUAUCGAUGAAUGUGCAAACAUUCCAAACCCAUGUGGGAAUGGAACCUGUAACAAUAUUGACGGGACUUAUGGGUGUACCUGUCACCCUGGAUUUGAGGCCAACGAGAGCGGUACUGCCUGUAAUGACAUCAUUGAGUGUGCUGGUAAUGCUAAUCCCUGUGGUGAUGGAGAAUGCACUAAUACCGAUGGAUCUUACAUGUGCAUCUGUGACAGCGGCUUUAGAUUAAGUGUGGAUGGCAGUACAUGUGACGCCGAGUGUGGUGGAGCUGUUUGUCAGAAUGGCGGAGCAUGCGGGAGUACUAACCAGUGUGAUUGUGCUAAUACUGGUUUUACCGGUACUAUGUGCGAGACUAAUAUCGAUGAAUGUGAAAGCAAUCCUUGUAUGAAUGGAGGAAGUUGCGCUGAUGAAGUUAACUCUUUUACUUGUUCUUGUGCUGAUGGCUAUACUGGGACUUUGUGUGGAACAGACAUCGAUGAAUGUGCAAAAAUUCCAAACCCAUGUGGGAAUGGAACCUGUAACAAUGUUGACGGGACUUAUGAAUGUACCUGUGACAGUGGGUUUGAGGCCAACGAGAGUGGUACUGCCUGUGAUGACGUCGAUGAGUGUGCUGCGGUUGCUAAUCCCUGUGGGGAUGGAGAAUGCCAUAAUACCGAUGGAUCUUACAUGUGCAUCUGUGACAGCGGCUUUAGAUUAAGUGUGGAUGGCAGUACAUGUGACGCCGAGUGUGGUGGAGCUGUUUGUCAGAAUGGCGGAGCAUGCGGGAGUACUAACCAGUGUGAUUGUGCUAAUACCGGUUUUACCGGUACUUUGUGCGAGACCAAUAUCGAUGAAUGUGAAAGCAAUCCUUGUACGAAUGGAGGAAGUUGUUCUGAUGGAGUUAACUCUUUUACUUGUUCUUGUGCUGAUGGCUAUACUGGGACUCUGUGUGGAACAGACAUCAAUGAAUGUGCAAACAUUCAAAACCCAUGUGGGAAUGGAACCUGUAACAAUGUUGACGGGACUUAUGAAUGUACCUGUGACAGUGGGUUUGAGGCCAACAAGAAUGGUACUGCCUGUGAUGACGUCGAUGAGUGUGCUGCGGUUGCUAAUCCCUGUGGGGAUGGAGAAUGCACUAAUACCGAUGGAUCUUACAUGUGCAUCUGUGACAGCGGCUUUAGAUUAAGUGUGGAUGGCAGUACAUGUGACGCCGAGUGUGGUGGAGCUGCUUGUCAGAAUGGCGGAGCAUGCGGGAGUACUAACCAGUGUGAUUGUGCUAAUACCGGUUUUACCGGUACAUUGUGCGAGACUAAUAUCGAUGAAUGUGAAAGCAAUCCUUGUAUGAAUGGAGGAAGUUGUGCUGAUGGAGUUAACUCUUUUACUUGUUCUUGUGCUGAUGGCUAUACUGGGACUCUGUGUGGAACAGAUGUUAAUGAGUGUGAGCUUGAUUCGAGUCUCUGUAGUAAUGGAAGAUGUGUCAACUUGGAUGGAUCAUACACUUGUAUCUGCAAUGCUGGAUUCACAUUAGUCAAUGCAAAUUCUUGCAAUGCUCUCCCAAGCAGUCUGUCCACUAGUCAAGUGACUGUGAAGAUUACAGGACAAAGUCUGAAUGGUCAAACCCUGACGUAUACACCAGAAUUAACCGAUAGGUCAUCGGCCAAAUUCAUGGAAUAUGAAGUUGCAUUCUGUUACAUUUUCAGCCAAUACGUAAGGGAACAGUUAGGUUCUCAACUUGUUAAUGCUAAUUGCAUAGUGCUGUCAUUCAGCCAAGGUAGCGUAGUCGGUGACGUGCAAGUGGAACUUGCUGCUGAGAGCCAAAGUGUAGCAGAUGGGCUUGCUGUGAGUUUAUCUGCCUUAUCUACCAACAUUGAUCAAAACUUAUCAGCUAAUGGUCAAACUCUGGUAGCAUCUAUAUCGGCAGAAGUUCAGUGCGAUCAAACAAACUGCCAGAACGGUGGGACAUGUACUUCUGCUGGACAGCCUUGUAAUUGCCCAGCUGGUUUUACAGGAGACCUUUGCCAGAAUGCUCCUCAAGGAUUGUCGAAUGGAGCCAUCAUUGGUAUUGCUCUCGGAGUUUUUGGUUUUGUUCUUGUCCUCAUAACCUGUGUCUGCUGCGUUUUCGUACAAGGUGUCAGACGAAAUCAAGCAACAAAACUGAUGCUCGCUGAACAACGGUAUGACAAUCCAAGUAGACAAAAUAGAGGCUUCUACGGAAACGAAUCUUUCAAUGGUUCUGAUGAGUACAACUCCCUUGAAGGACGCCGAUAUGCUGUUGGUCAAGCAUUGGAUCGACUGCGCGGAACUGAUGCACUGCGUCAUGGAGAUGGCAAUUUCAGGACUCCCUACGUGGUAGAUGGGAGUGAAAUGUACAACGGUGUGGAGCGAAAUCCAAUGCAUUAUUGAUCACCAAGAAACUUACCUUCGGACAAAGAACGAAUAUGACAACGGAAAAGAAUAUAGUGAAUUAGUUAUAUAUUUCUUAUGGAUAGAUGG